AUGUCGGAAAACCUUAUCAUUCGCUUCAAUGUUGGUGGUACUUCAUAUGCCACAUUGAAAACUGUUUUUCCAAUGGAUUCUGUAUUUCAUAAAUGGUUCGUUUCUCGUUCAAAGGCAGUCCCAUUUACAAUUGAUCGAGAUGGCGCUUAUUUUGUGGAUCGAGACCCCAUUUCCUUUGGAAUCAUUUUGAACUAUUUUCGUCUUGUCAAAGCUGGACAAUUAUGGGAGGCUUGCCUACCGAAAGAUCCUGACAGACUUGCUAUGCUGACGCAAGAGGCGGAUUACUUUUUCUUGCCUCAACUUCGUGACCAGGCAAUCUGCAUGCUGCAACUUUGCAGCUCCAAGUCCGAUUCAAAUUACAUAAAUGAAAUGCUUUCAAAAAGCACAUCUUGCCCACAAGGAUUCAAUCAGAAAGAAGAUGUAGAAGAAGAUUACUGA